GUAACUGUGGUCAGAAACAAUCUGUACUUCAGUCCUGAAUGUGGACUUGAGAGAAUAUGUGAGUCUUCCACUAAGAAGGUGAUGUGGCCAAGAGCCCAGCUGAAGUGCCUCCAUACAAACGCACGAAGCUUGGGCAAUGAACAGGAGGUGAUGGAAGCUACCAUGCUACUGGAAAGCUAUGAUCUGGUUGCCAUCACUGAAACUUAGUGGGAUGAAUCCCAUGACUGGAGUGUGGCUAUUGAUGGCUACAGGGUGUUCAGAAGGGACAGACCACAAAGAGGGGUGGAGGUGUUGCCCUCUGUGUCAGGAAAUGGAUAGAAUGUGAAGAGCUGCCGUUGAGAGGUAGCCACAAACAGGUUGAAAGCUUGUGGGUGAGAAUAAAAGACCGAGGAACCAAUGGGAACUUUGUGGUUGGUGUAUAUUACAGGCCACCCUAUCAAGGAAAGUUUUCUUCCUCCAGCUGCAGGAGGCUUCAUGGUCACAAGUUCUCAUCCCACUGGGGGACUUCAACUAUCCUGACAUCUGAUGGAAAAGUAGGACAGCAAGUUGUAGGAAAUCCAGGAGAGUCCUAGAUACAAUGAAGAUAAUUUCUUAACCAAGCUAAUAGACACUCCCACCCUACAGUGGGGCAUGCAAUACUGGACCUGAUGGUGUUACAACAAGUGAGUUCAUCAGUGACCUCAAGAUUGGGGGCAGCCUGGGCUGCAGUGAUCAUGCUCUGGUGGAAUUCAAGGUCCUGAGGGAUAUGGGGACAAGGGAGCAGAACAGAGCUGGCAAAUAGUUAAGGGUGCUUUCCAUAAAACACAAGAACACUCAGUCCUCAGAUGUAGGAAAUCAGGCAGGGAAGGGAAGAGACCAGCAUGGCUGAGUUGAGACCAGCUGGUCAAAUAGAGGAGUAAGGGGGAACUGCACAGACAGUGCAAGCAGGGACAGGAAAACUGGGAAGAGUAUAAGGGAUGCUGCCUGGUUGUGUAGGGAUGGGAACAGGAAGGUCAAGGUUCAGCUGGGGCUGAACUGGGCAAGGGAGGUGAAGACUAACAAGAAAGGCUUUUACAGGUACGUCAAUCAGAAGAGGAACCUUAAAGAAUGUACUUCCACUGGUGGAAGAAAAUGAUGGCCUUGUAAUAAGAGAUAAGGAGAAGGCUGAGGUACUCAACAAUAUUUCUGCCUCAGUCUUUGCUGAAAACCACUCUCCUCACUCCUCCUGGGUCAAUUGACAACAAGAUGGGGACUAGGGGGGUAAAACCCUCCCACUGUAGAGAAGGAUCAGGUUCAUGAUCACCUGAGCUACCUGAAAAUAUAUCAGCCUAUGGGAACUGAUGAGAUGCAUCCCAAGCUCCUGAGGGAAUUGGCCCAUGUGGUUGCCAAGCCACUCUCUAUGGUAUUUGAAAAGUCAUGGCGGUCAGAAGUUCCAUGGUGACUGGAAGAAGAGCAACAUUGUGCCCAUUUUUAAAAAGGGUAGAAGACAUGACCUGGGAACUUCUGACCUGUCAGACUCACUUUUGUGCCAGGGAAGAUCAUGGAACAGAUCCUCCUAGAAGCUAUGCUAAAGCACAGGGAGGACGGGGAGGUGAUUGGUGGCAGCCAAAAUGGCUUCACCAGGGGCAAAUCCUGUAUGACCAACCUAGUGGCUUUCUACGGUGGGGUAAUCACAGCAGUGGACAUGGGAAAACCAAUGGAUGUAAUCUAUCUGGAUUUCAGUAAAGUGUUUGUCAUGGUCUCCCAGAACAUCCUUCUCUCUAAAUUGAAGAGGUAUGGAUUUGAUGGGUGGACUGUUUGCUGGAUAAGAAACUGGUUGGAUGGUCAUAUUCAGAGAGUAGUGGUCAAUGGCUCGAUGUCCAGAUGGAGAUCUGUGACAAGUGGAGUCCAUCAGGGGUCCGUAUUGGAACAAGUGCUGUUUAAUAUCUUCAUCAAUGAUAUAGACAGCAAGACUGAGUGCACCCUCAGCAAGUUUGCAGAUCACACCAAGAUGAGUGGUGCAGUUGCUGCACCAGAAGGACGGGAUGUAAUACUGGUGUACCUGGACAGGCUGGAGAAGUGGGCCUGUGUGAAUCUCAUGAGGUUCAACAAGGCCAAGUGUAAGGUCCUACACCUGGAUUGGGGCAAAUCUCCUGAACUGGAAUUGCUGAGUAGCAAAUGAAUUAGGUUUACUUGUCAUGCAGAUCCCAAAAACCUAUAUGUUUCAUUUUCAAGUAAACAAAAAUCCAACAAACA